AUGAUGCAAUACCGUAACGCAGUACAUUCAACUUCUGGACACAGUCCAGCAAAGCUGUUUAAGAGUCGAGUACUUCGAAAAAGCCAUCUACACGUGGAGUCUGCGGAAGUAGUGUAUCAUAGUGAUAACGAUUUACGACCUUCCAGUGGCAUUGUACUGGACAAUAUGGGACAAAGAUUACGUGAUCGAUUAAUUGCCGGUAUUAGUUGCCCGGAAUUACAGCAAAAGCUCCUGCUCAUGCGCGAUUGCACAUUUCAGUGGGCUACGGCAGUCUGUGAACAGUACCAAGAUGUCCGUGCCAUUAUUUGUGAUGAACCCAACUUGCUGUUCAGUGCCAGCAAUUCCAAACAGUCACCCUCCCGACGAAAGCGGUUUUCGAAAAGGGCUCGAAAACACCAAGCAACCUCAGUUCUCCGGCCCACAAUGACCAACGGAUUCAAAGAUGGAACAAGUGCGAUUCCUGUGGUCAAAGACAUUUGCGGCUAUCCUGUAGAUUUCGAAAUGCCAAGUGUCACAAUUGCGGUAAGCUUGGCCACAUCCAAUCUGUCUGUAAAAGUGCAAAAGUGA